AGGCUUUAUAUAGUGGCCUCCCCGUUCAGUCAUGGGCUGUUUCACCAGGGCUCAUCAAGAGCAUAAACCAUUUAAGAAACAAAAAGCACUAAGUCGGCGUUUUACUGACCCAAGACCCCACGUUUCCCCAGGAUGUCAGCAAAGAAGGUCCUCCCUCCUCCGCCAGGAUGCAACAUUGACAUCAACGACCCCAAAGUGCAGGACGCGGCCAUCAAAAUCCAGUCUUCCUACAGAGGCCACAGAUCCCGUAAAGAGAUGAGGGAGAAGGGGCCGCCCAAGAUCCUGAAGGAGUUGAAGGAUGUGGUUCUGAUUGAAGGCAGCGCGGCGAGGCUAGACUGUAGAGUCAGUGCCUUCCCCGACCCUCUUAUCCGUUGGUUCAAGGAUGGGCAGGAGCUGAAGGACGGGCCUAAGUACCGGUAUAUGUUUGAGGAUCCAGAUGUAGUGGCCCUGGUGGUGAGAGAUGGGACAUUGUCCGACCUGGGCAAAUACACCAUCUCAAUCAAAAACACCUUUGGGGAGGCUUACGAUGCAGCAAAGAUCAUAAUUGAAGUUCCAGCGAAGAUUAAGAAAGGCCCCGAAAACAUCAAAAUCCGAGCGGGGAAAACGGUGCAGUUGGUGGCGAUGAUCAGCGGGGAACCAGAGCCUGACGUGGGUUGGGCCAAGGACGGCUUGGAUGUGGACGAAGAUAACAGAGUGUUCUAUGACAUUCAAGGUGAUAGCACGACACUGACCAUCAAGAACUUGUGCGCGGAGGAUGCCGGCCGCUACGAGGUGUUUGUGGAGAACAGUCUCGGGAUGGACCAGUCAUUCGCCAGAAUCGACGUGCUCUGACCACCCCACCCCCCCCCCACCCCAUAGCACACGGGCGGCCCCCUCGCUGCCCGGACACAGUCCCUCUUUUAUUUAAAAUAAAGUUUGUAAAACUUUCACCACCAUAAA